AUUCGGGUAAUAUAGCUUAAAUUAACAAUACAGAUAAUUUUAAUACUUUCUCUUUUUGAUAUGAACUCAAAUCUGAUGUUCCGAUUCUUAAAUAUCACCAAGGUCGGUCCAGAUCAAACGCUUUGUCUGUAUGAACUUUAUUUUCUCAGAGAAAAGUAGUUUUUUCAGGGCCGACGAUGCAUUCCGGCGACGCCCAUCAAGACUGUCUUAUCACACGAGUAUAUAAGGCAUCUGUCACCGAGUAAAUGCAUCAGUUGAGCUGAGAUAACAACACAGACCACUCUCACAUCCUACAUCAUGUUGAAGCUGGUGGUGUUGUGCACUGUGCUGGCCGCGGCCGCCGCCUCCGCGCCCUUCGCGCCCCUCGCCUACACGGCGCCCCUCGCCUACUCGACGGCGCUGCUGACCCCCUUCGGUAGCAACUACAGAGGGCCGCUGUCCCUCGCCCCCGGCCAGCCCGCCAACAUCCUGGCCGCUGACGGCAGGCCCCUCGACACUCUGGACGUGAACCUGGACCGCUCUGCUCACUUCACUGCUAAGGCCCUCAACGGCGGUCUGCACUACCUGAAGAAACGCUCAGCUCCCCUGAUCGCACCUUACUCCAGUCUUGCGGUCGCCGCUCCCCUGGCUGCAUACGCCGCACCCCUCGCUUACGCGGCCCCCGUCGUGGCCCCCUCUAACUACAGAGGCCCUCUGUCUCUUGCCCCCGGCCAGCCCGCCAACAUCUUGGCCGCUGACGGUAGGCCCCUUGACACCUUGGACGUGAACUUGGACCGCUCCGCUCACUACACCGCUAAGGCAUUGGAAGGUGGUCUGCACUACCUGAAGAAACGCUCCGCUCCGUUCGCCGCUGUCACCCGCGUCGCCUACACCUCUCCUCUGAUCGCACACAGCGCCCCGCUCGCCUACUCCGCUCCCGUGGUCUCCCAUGUGGCUCCCAUUUCCUACGCUGCUGCUCCCGUCGCACACUACGCAGGUGGUCUGCACUUCAUCAAGAAACGCUCCGCUGCGUUCGCACCAAUCACCCGUGUGGCUUACACCGCUCCCCUGAUCGCUCACAGUGCCCCGCUCGCUUACUCUGCUCCUCUGGUCUCCCAUGUGGCGCCUGUGUCCUACGCCGCUGCACCUUUCGCUCACUACACCCACUUUUAAGUAACAACUAUGACCGAUAAAAAAUAAAACGAUUUACCAAAACAACUUCCAAGCUUUUAUUAAAUGUGUUAAAAUUCCUCAAUAUAAUAUUAAAUAGCCAUACAAUUUUUAUGCCAUCUCGAAAUAUAAGUAGUACCAUACUUAUUUAACGGGAACGGUUACAAUAGUGCACUAAAUGCACUAAAGAUCAUUUGGCAAAUACUUCGUUACACUCAAUUUAAAGUAUAGACACUCGUAAAAUAGAAUUGAAAAAAAAAAAUGUUUUUGGUAAGCGUAACCUAACCUAACGUUUAUCAAAACCUUCGUUACUUGAAAUAUGGAAAUACAAUGUGAAUAAAAUUAAUUUUAAUUGCAUGUCCUACGUAAUUAGUGCCUUAGCCACAAACGUUUGUUACACUACCCGGUAUCACACUACCUAGUCGUUAUUUUAAUUAUCCUUUUUAUGCCAUUAACCCGUUCAACUUGAUUUACGAGUACAGGAAGCUCUAAGUCAUUUCUUAUACCUGAAUUGUGUUACGCUAAUGUAAAUACAGAGUUCUUGGAAUA